GAUCGAUUUGCUCUCGUUGUAAUCUUCAAUUCCGAAUAACCUCAUAUUGUACUAUGUUUUCACGUUGGUUGUCACGUGGUAAAAAUGACUCCUUCUCUAUACCUGCACUUAUACAAUAUCAAACUCCAAGGAUCCAAGUGGGUUCCGGCAUCCAACUUUUCGAUGGACAAUAUAUUUACUUUAGCCUUGAAUAGUCUCGCACUACCUACCCAAUGUUCCUUGAACAAGUUUCACCCAUCCAAACUUUCAAAGUGGCUAAAAUGACAAGGACUUUUGCGCAAUCUAGAUGAUGAUAGCUCGAACUGUGUAUGUAUACACGAAGAGUUUCUCCAUUCACACGGUCACAUGUAUAUUAACUUACCAAAAUUCCAUUACAUCCUUUCAUCAGGUGCUCCUAUUGGAUAUCGCCGGCAAGUGGGGCAGAAAUCAUGGGCGGCAAGAACAUGACUGUCGCCCAAUCAAUUAACAUCCGAGAUACCUAGCAUGCUGAUACAUCUCUCCCUCUCUCACUAAUGUGUAUCUGAUCUUUGAAUUUCAAUAGUAUAUAUCCAAAUUCCACCCCAUUCAACACAAGUUGUGUCUUACUUUACAAUGGGCGAACUAGAUGAAUUAGUAUCUACUUUACUCGGUACUUUUACCAGUGGCAUAAGACUUCUCAGAGCUCGUCGCAAAAGACAGAAAAGCAGCAGUGGAAAGACCGAUCAUGACAAUUGCGAAGAAACUCUUCUCAUCAAGUCAUUCAAACAAUCCAGAUCAGAUAUUCGAGAGGCAUAUACGAGAGAAUCUAUCAAGUCUGGUCCUAAAUUCUCUGACGGUGAUGCGAAAGCCCGCUCUUCACUAUCUACCAUAUUGUCACGACUAAACACUGCUUUCACCUCCGCGGUAGUAUUAUUUUCUCGGGGCAAAGUCAAGCCUGCCGAUCAAGAACUCUUCAUAAAACUCUCGAACAAAUCACGCACGGAAGCAAUCAAUACCCUCGACAAUCUCUCCAAGCGAUUAUCAAAAUCUUCUUCAUCACUCGUAUCUCAUGACACUGUAAACCCAAGUAAACCCCAUCGUCGAAAACGACAUCGUAAUCCUCCUCCAACCUUACCCACCCAACCGACCGCUCUGGGACCAGCCACAAAAAAUGGUUGGAUCCGAUCCAAACCCACCAAAAACGAUCUCCCAAAAUCCAAGACCCGAACCCAGAAAUCAACUCUGACGAAAUCAACACACAAAGAGAAGCCAGCAACGUCGCGACCCAUCACGCUGCUUGAAAAACAAGAGUCGCCACCCAAAACCGCAGUCGAAAAUCGAAAAUCAGGCUUCUCGUUUGCUUCCGAUAGCACAAAACUCGGCGAAAUCCCCGAAUCCAAAAUGGCGCGACUACUCGCCGGUGCUGGUGCUGGUGCUGGUGUUGCAUCACAUGAUAAUGAUUCUCGAUACUAUCCCACCGUGGUGGCAUUUCCAUUAGCGCCGUAUCGGGCAGAGCCUCCGAAACGACGGUUUGGUAUGGGAAAACUUUGGAAACAUAGACCGGCUGAGAAGGAGUUUGUGUAUGGUGGUGGUAGUGGCUGAAUGGUAUUGUAAUUGUCUACUAGGUAUUAUCUCUUGGAUUUAAUAUAUGAUUUCUUGAAUGUGUGGUUGUGUGUGGUUUUCAUAGUGUGGAGAUGGUCAAAGUAUCUAGAUUUUGUAUGCUGGAUGCUGGAUGGCUUUGCGUUGGCUUUUUUUUUUUUUUUCAUUACUGGGUGUGUGUGUGUGUGUGUGUGUGAAUUUAUGAAUGAAUGAUUGAAUGAAUGCCCUUAAUUCA